CGGAUUUACUCUCAGGAGCGCUCCUCAUACCAACCUUACAGCACAUUUCGGGCAUGCAUUAAGAAGACAUCUCCCACGGAUGCCAACUGUAUAAGUAGUUUGAAAACAGUUUGUAAAAAGUAAAGCGGCAGAGGUACAGAGUUCACAAACAGACCCAUGACAUGGUCACCUGAUUAGUGAGAAUGAUGAUAAGGUACAUGGCUACGCACCCAACGGUGACCUUGGUAGAAUCAUGCACCGGCCUCAGAGAGAUCAAGCAAAUACACGCCCAACUGCUCAUUAACGGCCUUCUUAACGACCCUUACUGUCUUGGCCAAUUUGUUGCUUCCAUAGCUCUUAACCACCAAAACAAUCUUGCUUACUCCGACCAGCUCCUCGAUCAAUCCCACAAUCCAACUGUUUUCGCCUUGAACUCCAUGAUCAGAGCUUACUCUAGAAGCUCAACUCCUCAACGAGGCUUUCAGUUCUACAACCGGAUUCUCCAAUCCAACACCCCUGAUAACUACACAUUCACUUUCCUAGUCCGCUCUUGUACACAGGUCUCCUCGUCUGACGCUGCCCUGGCCGUUCACGCUGCCAUUAUAAAACACGGUUCCGAUUCGAACCGGCAUGUUCAGAGCGGGUUGAUCAAUAUGUAUGCUGAAUUGGGUUUCUUGGGUUCAGCUCGAAAGCUAUUUUCAGAAAUUAGGGAGCCAGAUUUGGUGUCUCAGACGGCCAUGGUGAGUGCUUGUGCCAGGUGCGGUGAAGUUGAUUUUGCACAGAAUCUUUUCGAUGAAAUGCCUUAUCGGGAUCCCAUUGCUUGGAAUGCGAUGAUCGCGGGUUACUCUCAAUGCGGACGGUCAAAGGAAGCCUUGGACUUGUUCCACUUAAUGCAAAUGGAUGGCGCCAAAGUUAAUGAGGCAACCAUGGUCUCCGUCCUAUCGGCUUGCACCCAUUUAGGUGCACUGGAUCAGGGGAAAUGGGCACACGCUUAUAUAGAGAGGAACAAGCUUCAGAUGACCGUGACGCUAGGGACUGCACUCAUAGACAUGUACUCCAAGUGUGGUAACAUGAGUAAAGCUAUGGAUGUAUUUUGGGGAAUGAAGGAGAGGAAUGUCUACACAUGGAGUAGUGCUAUGGGUGGGUUGGCAAUGAAUGGUGCUGGUGAGAAGUGUCUUGAGCUCUUUUCCCUCAUGAAACAAGACGGCAUUCAGCCAAAUGAAGUAACCUUCAUUUCAGUUUUACGAGGUUGUUGUGUGGUUGGACUAGUCGAGGAAGGUAGAAAGCACUUUGAGUCCAUGACCCAAGUUUAUGGGCUUGAGCCUCAACUUGAGCACUACGGAUGCAUGGUUGAUUUAUAUGGCCGAGCUGGACGGUUGGAUGAUGCUUUUAACUUCAUCAAUAACAUGCCUAUGAAGCCUCAUGCAGGAGCUUGGGGGGCUUUGCUUCACGCUUGUAAAAUCCAUAAAAACAUGGAGUUGGGUGAGCUUGCACUGAGGAAUAUAGUAGAACUAGAGGCCAAGAACGAUGGCGCCUAUGUGCUCCUAUCGAACAUCUAUGCAGAUUCUAAAAACUGGGAUGGGGUCAGUAGCAUUAGGCAUCUAAUGAAGGCUAAAGGGGUGAGAAAGGUUCCUGGGUGCAGUGUCAUAGAAGUUGGGGGUGUAGUCCAUGAGUUCUUUAUGGGAGACAAAUCACAUCCUAGGUAUGGUGAAAUUGAGGUGAUGUUGGGAGAGAUCUCAAGGAGGUUGAGACUGGCUGGGUAUGUGGCUAAUACUAACCCUGUGCUCUUUGAUAUAGAGGAAGAAGAGAAAGAAGAUGCUCUGUGUAGGCAUAGUGAGAAGGUGGCCAUUGCUUUUGGUUUGAUCAGUCUGGAUGAAGGUGUGCCAAUAAGGAUUGUUAAGAACCUCAGGGUUUGUGGGGAUUGCCAUGAUGCCACAAAAGUCAUAUCUAGGGUUUUCAACAGAGAGAUCAUUGUAAGGGAUAGGAAUAGGUUUCACCAUUUUAAAGAUGGGGAGUGUUCUUGCAAGGGUUUUUGGUGAUAAGUUGAUUGCUGGAUGAACAUGUUUUAAUUUGUUGAGAGAUGAAAUUUAUUUGUGAGUUAUUGAAAGAAUACCUAAAUAUUUCUUCUUUUUUUCCCUUCUAUAGGGGGAGUUCGUAUUCUUGUAAAUGCCAUCUGAUGAUGAUGUGUAUAUAUAUUGACUCUCUCGGCUGGUGGUCUCUGUUAUUGUGCCUCUGGUUUCUUCCAUUUUCUUCCUUCAAUCAAGUUGAGAUAUCAACUUGAAAAUUUUGUUCAAACAGAUGUGAUCAAACACUGGGAAGAGUUUCCUAGUUCACCUGAUGAACUGUACCAAAUCUUGAUAAACUCAUUUGGCAUUGUCUGCUGCCUCAUUUCAACCUCCAUUACAGCAGCAUUGAUCCAUUCUUGAAGGCAUAUCUAAAGGGAGAUUAUUGCCCUGUGCAUGAGUUGGACUCGGAACUGACUGCCUUUCUAAAAUCAAAUGCCUACUUCCUGCUUACCAAUCUGAGAGUGCAUUAUCAACCGGAGCAUCAGGAAUAUCAGAACCAGGUAAUGCCCACUGAUAUAAUGGACUCUUACUGGAUUUACAGAUUCUGAUCUUUCAGGCAUUAUACUUCUAGACCCACGAUCUGGUCACUGCAACCUCUGCCUAGAAAUAUGAAGUAUGAAAUACUCAACAAAUGGUGCUGUCUACAAGGCCUCAUUCACAGGAAAGACUUGUUUUGCAAACUGGCAAUGAAGGAUUGAAGGGUAGAAGUUUGAACAGCUAUUUUCCCAUAUGCUAGAGCUGAAAGGGUUGGUAAACCCAAGCAUUAACCACUGUUCUGCAACCAAUAGAACUGAAUGAGAAGCUACCUAACUACAUUAAUUUCUGCACAGGUUGCAAUAAUUUUGCAAUAUGUUUGCAUCUCAUCAUAUGACUUUAUAUGAAUAAUUGAAUGAAGAAGUCAACUGACUCAACUGGUUGCUCUGCA